AUGCUGAAGUACAUCUACACUGAUUCUGUUGAUGUAAACUCGGAAACAGCUUGCGAUUUAGCUGCAGCGGCAAUGGCAUACCAGAUACCACAUCUGAUGAAUGCGUGCUUAGAGUACAUCACCGCUAACCUGACGACGAAGAACGUUCUUCAAGCUUACGGUCUUGUUCUUCAUUCAGAUGACAGCGAAUUGAAGAAAAAAUGCGAAGAGCUGAUAAAAACACAAACCAAAGUGGUGCUCGCUGACAGUAGCUUUGAAGAAGCGUGCCUCGAUGUGGUUGUGGCAGUGUUCUCAUUGGAAUCCCUAGAUGUUGAAAGUGAGCUGGAUCUCUUGAACGCAGCUGACCGCUACGCCAAGCACAUCACUAAGUGUAACAAUGUGAACAGUGAAACCCUCGAUAUUCGUAAGGUCUUACAACAAAUUCGCUUUCUCUCUCUAACUCCUACGGAAUUUGCCAAAGGUCGGGCUACAACGACCGUUCUUUCGGACUCGGACGCUUGCGCAAUCCUUGCUAACGUGGCGUAUGAUAAAUCAACGACUCCAAUGCCUGAAGGAUUUACCCUUAUAAAGGAUCCAAGAAAAAUAAAACAUGAAUGGUACUCCGAGAUGAAAUUCAAGUUCCGUGUAUUGGAUAUUAAUAAUGUAAUCAGCAAAAAAAUAAAUUGA